AUGGACGUGUUUGCGGCAAUGGGCAUAGGCGGGUUUGGCAAGAAGACCAAGCAACGCCAACUGGACCCUAAGAGGUUCGAGAAGAACAAGCGAAGUGACAUGCUUCCAUCUUCCUCGGCACCAGUCAUAAAGGCAGAGGACGGUGCACCUCCCUUGGCUACCUCCUCCGUGCUUGCGGGGCCAAACUCGGAGGAACAGGACUCCGACUCUGAACCUGGCCCUGCUCCGCCGCCGCCUCAGACCAAGGAUGGCAACGAGGAGGAGGAGCCCGAGUUCGACAUGUCGGACGACGACCUCGACCAGCCACAUUUCCCCAUCUCGCACGAGCUUAUCCUCAAGGACCACACCAAGGUCGUGUCUGCGUUGACGAUGGAUCCGUCCGGUGCGCGGGUGCUGUCUGGCUCGCAUGACUACGAUUGCAAGCUGUGGGACUUCGGUGGAAUGGACUGGAGGUGUAAGCCAUUCAAGACUUGGGAACCUGCCGGCUCUUACUAUGUACAUGAUCUGAAGUUCUCGAAUGACGGCCGACAAUUCCUCGCAAUCUCGGGCACGACGCAAGCGAAGAUGUACGACCGUGAUGGAGAGGAGCUGGGCACCUAUGUCAAGGGCGAUCCCUAUAUCCGUGACAUGAAGAAUACGUCCGGCCACGUCGCCGAGCUCACGGCCUGUGCGUGGCAUCCGAGGGACCCGCAAACAUUCAUCACCAGCUCGCUUGACUCAACAAUCCGCAUCUGGGAUGUCGAGGACAAGCGGAAACAGAAGACAGUGAUUGUUGUCAAAUCGAAGGAGCGCGGUGCGCGCACAAAAGUGCAUGCAUGCGCGUAUUCUCCCGACGGCGGCUUGAUUGGCGGUGCGUGCAUGGAUGGGGCCCUGCAUAUGUGGCAAACGAAGUCCAACUUUGUGCGACCGAGCCUGAGCAUCGAGGGCGCCCAUACGAAGGGUACGGAGACGGGCUCGGUGGUAUUCUCAGUUGACGGGCGGACUGUGCUCACUCGCGGUGGCGACGACACGGUGAAGCUGUGGGACCUGCGCUCGUUCAAGAAACCACUGGUCACUCGCACGGGCCUGGCAACGCUAUAUCCGCAGACAAAUGCCAUCUUCAGUCCCGAUAACAAGUAUGUCGUCACAGGGGCAGGCGCGACCUCGAAGGGGGCCAGAGGUCAUCUGCUGUUCAUGCAGAAGGACACGCUCGAGACCGUCAAGGACCUCGAGGUUGAAUCGACACCAGUGAAAGUGUAUUGGCAUUCGAAGAUCAACCAGGUCCUCACAGGUCUAUCCAACGGCCAAAUAUGCGUGCUGUACUCGCCCGAUAUGUCCGCCAACGGUGCGAAGUUGCUCCUCAACAAGGGUCCUCCAAGGAAAGCGACCGUGGAAGACAUGUCGGACGCUGUGUCUGCUCCCACUAUCAUUACGCCGCAUGCUCUGCCCAUGUUCCGGGACAGCGAAAUCGGUCGCAGCACGAAGCGCAAGAGGGAGAAGGAGCGGAUGGAUCCUCAGAAGAGUCGUCGGCCAGAACUUCCCGUCACUGGCCCUGGGCGAGGUGGACGAGUGGGUGCGAGUGCAACGCAACACGUUGUUCAGAAUUUGGUCAGGGACACGACCCGAGACGAGGAUCCGCGCGAAGCCCUGCUCAAGCUGGCUGCAAGUGCCGACGAGAAUCCAGUUUGGACCGCGGCUUGGCGCGCAAACCAGCCAAAGCCCGUGUUUGCGCUCGCGGAGGAGGAGCAGGAGGGCGAGGAAAAGCGGUAG